UUUUCGAUUAUUAUUUCGAAGCGCUUUUGUUGGAGAGUUUUCUUGCGAUUUUUGAGAAUGAGUGAAAAGAAGAGUUUUUGGAGAUGGAUUGGAAGGAUCUUCGGACGAAGACCUCCAAGAGAAGAGAAGGUUGAGGAGAGAGAGGAAGAAGCGAAUGAUUCUCUUCCGGACGCAGAAGUCUGUGGGCUUCCGCCAGAAUCUUCGGAAUAUCCGAAGGAUCCAGAAGAUGAAGGACUUCCGUCAGAGUCUUCGGAGUGUCAGAAGGAUCCAGACGUCAAUGGGCCUUCUUCGGAGUCUUCAGAGCAUCCUCCCGAACGUACAGAGCGGGAGAAUACCAAGAUUCAUUGGGACGAAGCCAAGCUAGCAAGACUCAGAGAGGCUUUUAUGAAGUACGAAAAGGAGCUGGAAAUAAAAGCCAAUUCCCAGCGCACAGUGUCCAGAGGUCCGCCUGCAAAUAAAGAGAAGUCCAAGAUAGGCUGGAACUUCCCUUUCUGUUGUUUCGGCAGAGGCGAGAAAUCCAAAACCGAUGUUUAUUCAAACAACCUUCAACAAUAUUGCAACCAGGGAUACGAUAGCCAAUAUCUGAACAUUGCAGAGUAAUUCGAGAAAGAAAUUGGCGUACCUUUUGAGAGAAGAAAGAGGGAUCUUCUGGCGCAGUAUCUGGUUAAAGCAGGCGCCGGUCAAGUGGAAAGCAUUUUAUCGAUUUGUGACAGACUCCCGGAUUGGACAUUUAACCCGGACUUGACAGUAACACUCGGAUUUGACAAAUAACCCGAAUGUGACAGUUUGCCACCGAUAUAUGACGUUAAAAUCCCGGAUGUGACGGAAGGAUGAUACGUAAAUGGAUAUUCAAAUGUAAUACAGCAAUCACUUCUGAUGUUUGUUGUUUAAAGAUAAAUUCUGUCUCUUCAUUUUACAUCAUCCAAUGAACUGAUUUUGACAACUUUAAAUAGAUUGUAAAGCCAUAAAUU